GCGUAAUCAACACGGAAGCGGAUGUGCUUGAAUAAAUCCUGCACACUACCGAGCCGACAACGUGUAGCAUCUUGGCUACUUGUAUUUGUGCAGAAUCUGUGAAAACAGUUGUGAUCUUACUUGUGUGAGACACCGAGGCACGUUGAUUCUGUUGUCAUGGAGCUGCUGACAGAUGCACUGUUUUGGACCGGUGUUGUCACUGUGGCCUGGGUGUCGGUGUGCUCUCUGUGCUGUCUGAUUAACGGGAUUCGUGUGUGGAUUGUGGGGAAUGGAAAUUUGAUGAGGGCAUCCAAACUCGGGAAAUGGGCAGUUGUGACUGGGGCCACAGAUGGAAUUGGAAAAGCCUAUGCGGAGGAGCUUGCUCGACAAGGGUUUGCUAUAGUUCUCAUCAGCCGUACUCAAGAGAAACUGGAUGAAGUGUCCAAAGCUAUUGAGAGCAAAUAUAAUGUAGAGACCAAAACCAUUUCUGCUGACUUUGGGUCUGUGGACAUCUACACUAAGAUUGAGUCUGGACUGACUGGACUGGAAAUAGGAGUUUUAGUUAACAAUGUUGGAGUGUCUUAUUCCUACCCAGAGUUCUUCCUCAACAUUCCUAAUGUUGACAGCUUCAUCAACAAUAUGAUCAACAUCAACAUUACCUCAGUUUGUCAGAUGACUCGAUUGGUACUGCCCAGGAUGGUUGACAGGUCUAAAGGAGUGAUCUUGAAUGUUUCCUCGGCGAGUGGCAUGUACCCAGUUCCUCUCCUCACCCUCUAUUCUUCCUCGAAGGCCUUUGUGGACUUCUUCUCCCGUGGACUUGAUGCUGAAUACAAAAGCAAAGGGAUUAUUGUACAGAGCGUGUUGCCGUUUUUUGUGACCACCAAGCUGAGCAAAAUCAAGAGGCCGUCUCUCGACAUCCCCACUCCAGGACGCUACGUAAAAGCCCAGCUGAGUACCGUAGGAUUGCAGACUCAGUCUAACGGUUACCUCCCUCAUGCCAUCAUGGGUUGGGUGACUACUGCUCUGCUUCCUGCAAAGCUGCUCAACAAGUAUGUUAUGAGCAUGCAGUUGUCCCAGCGUGCACGCUAUUUGAAGAAACAGAAGCAAGGUUAGAGACAGAAAAAAGGACGGACAGAGGGAUGAAGGAAUGGUGUGAUUUAAAUGAGGGACCAGCAACAAAAAAACCUUUCCUCUCUCUUCCCUUUUGCUGUCUGGGGCCAAGAGCAGUCACACCAACCGCUCCUGAUAAGUCUGUUUUGGCACAAAUCAAGCAAUGUAUUUCCAGACAUUAGAGUGCUGUGUUGAGUCGUUGCUAACCAAAAAUGAUUUGCUUGAACAGCCUUUGCUGAUUAGCUCGAUUGGACAACCACAGAAUAGUUGAAGUGUCUGUCUGCGUUCGUUGUGUCCUAACAGUCACUAACAGCAUCGUUCAGUACAGUUUGUUUGGUUUUCUUCAAUGUUUAGAGAGUUAAUUAGAAGUUCUCUGGUAAUAGUCAUCUGAUGAACAUAAAUAAUGAAAAAAUAUGUUCUUAACCUGAAUGAAAUGUCUAUUUGAGCUGCGCUUAGCAACAACCUUGAUAACCAUAAUCAAAAGAUAUGACUUAAAUUAGGCAGGUUGCCUACAAACAAUUAGAAAAUUGCAUCUGGAACGUCUACAAAAUGGUGCAUUUAUUUGUGGUCCAUAUUUGCUUUUUUUUUUCUUAUUCUUCAUCUGCACUACAUUAACUAGUUGUGCCCAUCACAGAUGGCACUAUGCAUUCUAUCACCAGAGAAUCUAUUUUUGAAAGGAGAUUGUUGUGGAAAGUUUGUGUAUUGUUCACUUUGUAAUGCUUGUGCUGCUGGGGUUUUGAGGAAUUUGAGGAAGUACAUUUCAAAUCUGGCAACAGUUUAUUUGAAAGCUGAGGCUGUGGUUCCGUUAUUAUGUGGUUAAUGGUAAUAUUCAGUAUUUGCUCUAAAACAUAGAAUUCCUAAAUGAUUGGCACUUUCAGGUUUCAUUUUGAAUUACUUUUACAAAAGUCUGCAGCAGCGAACUAAACGCAAUCCAAAUGCCUGCUUGUGAAUUAAUCUUGCAUUUCAAAUAAUAAUAAAAAACAAAAGAAUCUUUCUAA